AGAAUGUGGUAACACGCGUCUAUCCAAACGCGUGGGAGCAAGCCGUAUCCAUCAUCAACGGGCUUAAGAUCCCAUUUGAGUCAGUGAAAGUGGUGGAAGUGAGAGGAAAGCGUCAUUCUUACGUUUUAUAGCUUCACAGAGCAAAAAACAAAAAACAAAAGAAAAAAAAACUCUUUUGAAGCAAAUCAUCUUUUUCUCUAUUUCAACGAACACUCUCAAAUCUCAACCAACACUUGUUGUUGUUUCUUUGUUCCCUUUAGAUCUCUUUCCUUAAAGUCUUAUCCUUUGUUUCUGAUCUGGGUUUUACUCUCUCUGGUAGGUUUAGUUGCAGAAACUUGUGAACAGAUCAGUUGAAACCCCAAUAAAGAUAAGAAAAGAGAAACCCUUUUAUUGGUUUAUUUGGUGUUUUGUCUCAUUCUGAGAAAUGGGUUCACAGAGCUGGGAUACUGAAUUGGAUUGAAGAGAAGCAACCUUUUCACUUGGCAGGCUUCUUGUCUAGUUGCUUGAGUCUUUUGGUUUGGUUUGGUAGAGAAUUGAAAUAGUAGAAAUGAGAAGAGGUAGAGGGAAAAGAAAGAGGCAGAAGGCUACCGCUAGAGAAGAUGGUGAUGAAGAAGAAAAGAUUCCAGCUUACAGGAGAAGAGGGAGGCCACAGAAGCCGGUUAAAGAUGGAACCGAAGGAGAAGGAGAAGAGAUUGUGGAGAAGGAUGAAGAUACAAACGGUUCAGUAACAAGCAAAGAAGAUGUGGCAGAGAAUGGGAGGAAGAGGAAGAAGCCAGUAGAAGAGUCUAAAGAGAGCAAUGUAACAGAAGAAGAGAAUGUGUUAGGAUCGAAAUCAAGCACUGAUGAUUCAGUGAAGUCAUCGUUGUCUAUGGGGUUUAGACAGAUUGGGAGUAGGAGGAAGAACAAACCAAGACGAGCUGCUGAAGCUGUUGUUGAAUGUAAUGGUGUUUGAAGAAAGAGGUUCUUAGAGACUACCUUUUUGUUUUGUUUUUGUUGACUUGAAUCAGUUUUUGUUGUUAGGACCUGCGUUUUGGUUUCAUACAUGGAAUCAGAUUUAUCAAUUUUUCUGAGCAGUGCUCUUUAGUGGCUAUGAAGAAGUGUACUUUCCAAAGUA